GAAAAUCAUAUGCAGAGAGUCGCAGAUGGGAAUGGGAAUGGGAAUGAGAUUUCAGAUUUUUGUGACCAUAUCCGGUUGCCAGUCGGCAGUUGCAAUUGCAGCUUCCAUCAUAACAAUAGGAAAACUGAAAACUGAAAACCGAAAGACGAAAAGCGGAGCGAACUGAAAACGCAACUUGGUCUUUUAGGGCUCAUGGAAAUCGCAUCUUGGCAUUCGCCAUUGUUGCUACGGGUAUGUUUUUUUUUUGGGGGGGGAAGAAAUAUCUUAGGGGAAAUUGCGUAAAACGAUGAUAUAUUCAUAGCAGAUCUCGGCGAUUAGAUCGGUUGGCUGAUGAUGGGGAAAUCAACGUGGUCAAAAAACGUUUCGAUUAGUUAUCUUCGACUUUUUCGUGCAAUUGCGAAAUUUAAUUAUUUUGGUGAUGCAAUUAAGAAUUUCAUUUAACUUGUACUUGAGCUUAUUUUUAUUUAUUUGACUAAGCUCAUUACAAGGUUAAAAGUUAUUUAAAUUUAUACUCAAUAUUGAACAACCUGAAUUUGAUAAUAGUUUGACCAUUUAAUUAAGUGUUAUAUAUUAUCAUUAAUUAAAGUGUUGUCUAAAUAUUAAAAUAUAAUAAACAUACGUUCGUGUAAUUUCAACCUGUGUUGAAAAAGUGUUAGCUACAAUCGUCCAUCCAAGUAGGCUGUGCAUUUUUUCAAGGCGAAUGUCAUUUCGUUUCCAUUUUCCUCAAAUCAUUUUGGCAUACCGUCUGAGCAGGAACACACAUAACAACGUUAGAAAAUAAAAUUCCAACCAAGAUGCCACAUCGAAAAUUCCCUAGAAUGUCGCAGGCGCAGCUUAAGCUCUUGAUUAAAAAGCAAAAUCAGAAUAUGGAAAAGCCCAUGGCCAUACUGCAGCCGCCGAGGAUUAUACAACAGCCGCCGAGAAUCGAGAUGGCCAAGCAGCCGACUCCCGUUUCGACCAAGAAGCAGCCCAAAGCUGGGGCUCCUCCUGGUGGGGCUACUCCUGGUGGGGCUACUCCUGGCCCAGCUGGACAGGAGGAGACCGGUGAGAAGAUGCCUGUGGCGGAGGAGGAGGAGGAUGAGGGGCCGCCACAGUCGCAGCCGAAGUUCUGCCAGCAGGAUAGAGCUCCCCAGCAGGAUCAGCAGGACUAUGCCCACCUGAGCUACUUUUCGGUGGGUCAGAGCGAGCAGGAUCAGAAGGAGAUUCAGCAGAGUCCCGCAGAAUACGACCAGGAGGAGCAGCAGCAGCCAGAGUCGGUAUCCCCAGUAACCAGUGAUGAUCCCUCAUCCAAGCAGGAUUUAUUUGGCUAUCGCGACAACCAGGACUGGCGUCGCAUUCCGAGCAAUCGUGUCGUCCCGCCAGCCGAGGAUGAAAACCAGGAGCUGCCCGGAUCGAGCAGCUCCUCAUCCGGCGCGUUCAAUUGGCCACGUCCUGAGAAAUUGGAUGCCAGACCGGAUCGACCGGAGGGUGUGCUGCCCGAUUUGUCGUCAAUUGUCGAUAAUUGGAAUCUAUUCGACAGCUCCGAGGACGAUCAUCAGGCGAAUGGCGGUUUUGGUCUAUCCACCACGGUGACCAUAACACCCCAGAUCAUGGGCGCCAACCAGCCGGAAAUGACCACCACCAUGGAGGUGGUGCCCAUGGGCUGCUAUGAAGUGCCGCCCUUGGAACCCGGCGCCCUCAACAUGGACUUUCAGAGCUACAUCUUCUCGGACUACUCGGUGCAGGAACCGAUGGCGGGCGAGCCCAACCGGCCACCGGGAUGCACUGUCUUUGGCGCCAGUGUGUCGCCCAGCGUAAUGCUGACCCCGGAGCAGCAGCAACGCCUCCAGGCGGCCGUCUCGCAGCGGGAGGUGCCGCUGGAGGAUGCCCUCAUGGCCAUUGUCCAGGAUCUUCGCAAGGAGCGGCUGAAGCAGCCGACGGCGCAGACGACUUACUCCUCGGAUUAUCAGCAGAAUGCCUAUCCGAGUGGAUACCACCCCACUGCAGAUGCCAAUGGAUAUCGAACUGGAUAUCCUACGGCAGAUUCCACUGCAUAUCCCACCGCAGAUCCCGCUGCAUAUGCGACUGCAAAUCAAACUGCAUAUCCCAGUGCAUAUUCCAAUGGAUAUUCGACUGGAUAUCCGAAUGCAUACUCGAAUGCAUAUCCGAAUGCACAUCCGAAUGCAUAUCCCAAUGCAGGUUCGACUGGAUAUCCUACUGCAAAUGCUACUGGAUAUCCCACUGCAAAUGUGACUGGAUAUUCCAAUGCAAAUCCGACUGGAUAUCCCUCUGGAAAUGCGAAUGCAUAUUGCAAUGCAAAUGUGAAUGGAUAUUCCAAUGCAAAUGUGAAUGGAUAUUCCAAUGCAACUGCGACUGGAUAUCCCACUGCAAAUCCGACUGCGUAUCCCAAUGCGUAUCCCACUGCCUAUCCGUCGGGCAACCGCUUCAACGAAUACCAAUCUCAGCCAGGACACGGCUAUGAGUCCCAGUCCUAUCCCGAUACUAGUAGCCAUCCCCAGUCGUAUGGCCAACCGUCGAUGACCAUGCCGAUGCCGGGCAUGCCCAUGCCACCGGACUACAGCCACCGUACGCCGUCGCAUCGCUAUCCGAUGAUGCACCACCACCAGCAGCAGCAGCAGCCGGACUUUGGGCCACACUUCAGCCAGCGAUCGCCGCAUUCCAACCAGCCACAGCAGGACUUCUUGCCGGACUACAUGCCCGCCUUUAUGCCGGACCACAACCAGCCGCCGGACUUCAAUGCCAGCAGCUCCAGCCGAUCCAGUCGCUCCAGCCGCUCGAGCCGCGCCAGCAUGCAGUGAGGAACCGGACGGAACUGGGAACUGGGAACUGGGUACUGUAGCACACUUACAUACAUCAUCCAUCCAUCCACCCACAUCAUCCCGUCUGGCGAGUAAAGAGACCAAAAUUGAUUUUAGCCCCCAUUUGGGGGUCUGUGAUGUAACAGUUGACACCAACUGGAGUACUGUAGUAUAUUUUAUUUUUCACCACUGUAUUAAUAAAUGUAACGAGAUGUGAAAAAUAUAUUGUUUUUCAAGUCAUAA